GAUAACAAGCCGCGCCUGAGAUUCAGGUUGCAGUUCAACGAUACGGAGGGGGUUCGACCCCAGAAUGAAACUUACAGCGUAGACUGCGAUGCCCCCCAGGCCGAUGAAGCGCGUUCCAACAGUGGCUUCGCCAGUGCUACUACAAACUGCACCAAAACCAACAUGGCGGUUACAUUCCCAAGGCUGAUUCCCAGUUUUCGGGAUGAACUCACGGGUGUCCGGCCUGGAAUGGGGUCUCAAGUAGCACCUGGAAUGGAGUGGAUGGUAUCGAUCGAGGAUAAUGGCCAGAUCCAUCAUUUGCUUCUCAGGCAGGCGAUUCAACAGGGCUACACUUUCUUUUCCGAUGCCACUGAUAUCAUUAUCCAAGUCCCGUUUAAUGCUAGAGGAGUUGCAGUUUACAAG